UUUUAAGUUGCACGGUACGGUCGUCUGCCGCUCACUGUUGUGUUGCUUGCCGGCAAGUCUCGUCUCUGUUGUCAAACCUCGCAGCGGAAGAUGAAGGGUCCUCUGCUGCUCAUUUUGACUGUUUGGUUAAACGCUCAGUAUGGCGGUUGCGCUUUCUCCACUUCGUGCACUUAUCCUCCAUCAAAGUGGUGUUCAUCGAUGGACUCAGCUAUCCAGUGUGGGGUGUUGAAGGAGUGCCUUAUGUCAAACUUCACCAGGUCCAAACAGAUGGCAGAUCCAGUCGAGGUGGCGCUUUACUAUGAGAGUCUGUGUCCUGGCUGCAGAUAUUUUCUCACUGGCAUGCUCUUCCCCACCUGGGUCUUGCUGAAUGACAUCAUGUCUGUAACUUUGGUGCCCUUUGGCAAUGCACAGGAAAAACAUGAUGGACAGAAGUAUAUUUUCGAGUGCCAGCAUGGACAACAGGAAUGUCUGGGCAACAUGAUUGAGACUUGUUUACUUAACAUGACCGACAUGGCUUUCGUGAUCAUCAACUGCAUGGAAUCCUCCACUGAUGUCAUCAAGGCCGCCAAGAGUUGCGUGGAACUUUACCGCCCUGAGCUCGCCUGGGACACCAUCAUGAGCUGUGUGAAUGGGGAUCUGGGAAACCAGCUGAUGCAUCAGAAUGCCUUGAAGACCAACGCUCUGAGCCCUCAACAUGAAUAUGUGCCCUGGGUAACCAUUAAUGGGGAGCACACUAAAGACCUGGAGGAUAAGGCCAUGUCUUCUCUCUUCAACCUGGUCUGCAGCUUGUACAAGGGUGCCAAGAUUCCAGCCUGUGGAGGGAGCCAGGGACACUACAAAAGCUACUGCCACAAAGAGUGAAGAUGCAGCACUGCACAUGCCUGUGUGCUUGCUCUGUUCCAGGUGUGGCCACUAAAUAAGGAACACAGAGGAAUGUCUUCAGAUUUUUGUAUGUGAUGUUGUGAUCUGUUUCUACAAAGGGAAAAAUAAUCAGCUCACUUUAUGAUUCACAGAAUAUAAAAUACACUGUUCUUUCGA